GCUCCAGGGGCUCCCGGGACAUCAGUCGCCCGCCCCACCCGCGCAAUGGGCUCCGAGGCCGCGCAGCUGGUGGAGGCUGCGGACUUCGCGGCUCGCAAGCACCGACUGCAGCGGCGAAAGGACCCCGAAGGGACCCCCUACAUCAACCACCCUAUCGGUGUGGCCCGGAUCCUGACCCAUGAGGCGGGAAUCACUGACAUUGUGGUGUUACAGGCAGCCCUGCUCCAUGACACAGUGGAGGACACAGACACCACCUUGGAUGAGGUGGAGCUGCACUUUGGCGCUCAGGUGCGGCGUCUGGUGGAGGAAGUAACAGAUGACAAGACUCUGCCCAAGCUGGAGAGAAAGCGGCUGCAGGUGGAGCAGGCACCCCACAGCAGUCCCAGGGCUAAACUGGUGAAGCUGGCAGACAAGCUGUACAAUCUGAGGGACCUGAAUCGCUGCACCCCAGAGGGAUGGUCUGAACAUAGAGUCCAGGAAUACUUCGAGUGGGCAGCGCAAGUGGUGAAGGGGCUUCAGGGAACAAACCGACAGCUGGAAGAGGCUCUAAAGCAGCUGUUUAAGGAGCGGGGGCUGACACUCUGAGCAGUGCUUGGAACCAUCAGGGGCCCAGACUCCAGCCUUGGCCCAGGCCAGAAAGGAUUCCUAUUCCAGCCUUUCCUUGCCUCUCCAUCUCCUUCCUGACUGGUUCAGCCCAGAUACGAGAGGCCAAAAAAUACUUGUCUCUUCUCACUCUGAAUGUGUCCUGCCGACUAAGCUGAGCCCUGGAUUGUGGAAAUCAGAUGCAGCCCGUCCAAUCCUAAUGCACUUACUGCCCUUUCUCCAGGCCUUGGGUCUGUUUGCUAUUCUGUAUGAGUGAACUCUGGCCCCUCGGGGACUCGGGCUUCUGGAAACACUAGUUCAUAAGUCAUUAUGGAAAAAUAAAGCAUUUUGGGUAAAGCUUUAA